CUCUAUCAUCUACUUUUUACUUCUUAGCGCAAACAUCCACUUCUGCUGAAGAAGCAAGAAGAUGCCAUUGAAUCUGUCACACCACAGUCUGCAACUCUCGGCGCUCAAUUCUUCUUCCUUCGCACUCCAUUUUUCACAAAUCUACAAUCCUAACCUUCCAUGGCGUCCACAGGAAAAUCUCCACAAGUUCCGGAUAUCCUGCGUCUCGUCCCGACCCGGAAAACUUGUUCAUAGCAGCGAUGAAUCGCAGGCCGAAGAGUUUGUUCGGGACCUGAUGAGGAGUUUCAGUGAUAAGCAACCGUUGGUGCGUACAUUGAACAAAUACGUGAGGAUCAUAAGGACUGAGCAUUGUUUUUUGCUUUUCGAAGAGCUUGGCAAGCGUGACAAAUGGCUCCAGUGCCUUGAGGUGUUUAGAUGGAUGCAGAAGCAACGUUGGUAUGUAGCUGAUAGUGGUAUUUAUUCCAAGUUGAUUUCUGUUAUGGGAAAGAAAGGUCAAACCCGGAUGGCUAUGUGGCUUUUCUCUGAGAUGCGCAAUAGUGGGUGCCGGCCAGAUACUUCGGUUUAUAAUGCACUCAUCACAGCCCACCUCCAUUCCAAGGAUAAAGCAAAGGCUUUGUUGAAAGCGCUUGCUUACUUUGAGAAAAUCAAAGGUAUGGAACGAUGUAAGCCCAAUGUUGUUACUUACAACAUUCUUUUGAGAGCUUUUGCUAAAGCUGGAAAUGUGUCUCAAGUUAAUGCUUUGUUUAAAGAUCUUGACGAGAGUGUUAUUUCCCCUGAUAUUUAUACAUUUAAUGGUGUUAUGGAUGCCUAUGGAAAAAAUGGUAUGAUUAGAGAAAUGGAAUCGGUACUUUCUCUCAUGAAAAGUUAUCAAUGCAAGCCUGAUAUUAUUACAUUUAAUUUGCUGAUUGACUCUUAUGGGAAGAAACAAGCAUUUGACAAGAUGGAACAAGUUUUUAAGAGCUUGCUGAAUUCUAAAGCGAAACCAACUUUGCCCACUUUUAAUUCCAUGAUAAUGAACUAUGGGAAGGCACGGCAGAAAGAGAAGGCAGAGGGUGUUUUUCAGAAGAUGAUCAAGAUGAAAUACACGCCAAGUUUCAUCACAUAUGAGUGUCUUAUCAUGAUGCACGGAUAUUGUGACUCUGUUUCCAAGGCUAGGGAUACUUUUAAUGAUAUGGUUGAAUCUGGAAAGGAGGUCAAGAUUUCAACCCUAAAUGUAAUGCUUGAUGUUUACUGUAGGAAUGGUUUGCCAUUGGAAGCGGAUUUACUUUUAGAAACUGUGCGUAGUAUUGGAAUACUACCUAAUUCAUCAACAUAUAAGCUCCUCUAUAAGGCCUACACUAAAGCUAACAUGAAGGAGCUUGUGCAGAAACUGUUAAAGCAUAUGGAUAGAGAUGGUAUUAUACCCAAUAAGAGGUUCUUCCAGGAAGCUUUGGGACCUUCUAAGUCAUUACCGGCAAGUUCAAAUUCUGCUGCUCCCACUACUGCUCCAAGUGGUCCACAGAAUCCUGUUAAGAUUUAGAUUAAUUUGUUUAUUCUUCUAACUUUUUCCUAUUCAAGUGACAUCCAAUGUAGACUUGCAAUUUGCAAAGAAGCAGUUGGCCAGUUCAGCAUCUAAUUGCUUGGUCCAUAUUCGAUGGGUAAUAUACUUUGAGUUCUUGUUUGUACAUAUCCUUUAUUUUGUUAUAAGAGUAUUCAUUUUCUAUCUUCACUUCUGCUUCAUAACUCAAUCCAUUCUGUUUAAUUCAACAAUCUUGAAUGGUACGUCGCUAUAUGCAUUCAUCCAAUUGAUGUUUUGUUUCUUCUUUUACUAACAAUGACAUAGCUUGUUGGGUCUGAAAUGCAGUUCAAACUAUGCACUAAACCCAACCAUUAAGAUGAUAUAUCGAUUAAUAUUUGGGGAAGUAUCCAAUGAUGCGGAAUAUUGUUGAACUUAUGACAAGUAAUCGACAUCAUCUCCUCCCUUUUCACUUUUUAAUUUGUUGGUUUUCUUGUCAUUCCAAGUGCUUAAUGCUUUCUUUUAUUGUUUGUUUAGGCAGUCAAAAAGCAUCAACAAAACUGAUUUGUGCCGAUUGUUUACAUGCAUUUUAGUUUAAUCUUAGGUCUAUCCUGUGCCAUUGAACAAAAAUAAUAUCAUAUUUUAGAAAUAGAAUUUCUUUUUUGCAUGUUCUUGUUAUUCAGACCUGCAAACAGACUAAGAUUUUUACCAAGUAAUUCUAAAUAAUACCCUGUCAACCCGUUUUGAAGUUGUCACUUCAGUUAUGCUCUGAAAUGAUCGUUGGUAACUUUUAUUGGCAGAGUGCUUUCAUCAACUGACAUAAUAAACUUCUUAAUUUUUUCAGUAACCUGACCUUUUUUGUCUCGAAUUCUUGAUAUUUUAUUCCAUUUCCAUGCAGGUAUCAUGUAGCCUUAAAAGGAAUCCAAAUUGGACAUUCAACCCAGUAUAUGCAGAGUAGAACAGUCAAGUGAAUGCUGAGAUAUCUAUUAGCAAAAGGAACUAGAGAUCUUCCUACUUUUCGCGAUGGCAAAUGAUUACCUUUUGCUCAUAGUUAACAAAGUGUAAAAUUGCAAGAGUUUCAUGCUACCUCGGAUCAAACUUACUGGGGAAGACUUAUUUCUCAAUCUUACGGUAUAACGUCGUUAAACAAGGAGUUCCCUUUAUCAUUAUAGCAUUCACAAGCUGCAACUUGAAUUCUUAUUUAGCUAACUAGGUUUUGCAUCUGUAACUUGGCGCACCCUGUAUUUAUUUCAACAUCAAGUAUAUAAAUAUAGGUUGUAAUUGAGAGCCAUGUUUAUAACUCCUAGCUCUUAAAAAGCUAGUAGAUUAGUUUCUUAACAUUCUCAAACUGGGGAAAUGUACUAUGAUUUACGAGAAAGAAGUUCCAUUAGGAGUUGCAUUCCUCUUGA